GCCGAUGAUGUCAGCGGCAGCGGCGGGGCCGGGCCGGGCUUUGGGGGGGCCGGGGAGGGAGCCGGAGCCGGAGCUGGAGACCGGGCGGGCCCGGAGAUGAGCCGGGCCUGGAGGACUUGGAGCCAUCGCAGUCAGAACGAAGAGGCCCAGCAGAAGGGAUCCACUGAGCCACGCCCGCCCCACUCCAUGUUGGCUGCAUUCUCAGGCUGGCGCCAUGCCACCCCCUGCAGAGGUGACUGACCCAUCCCAUGCCCCGGCUGUCCUGCGCCAGCUGAAUGAGCAGCGGCUCCGUGGCCUCUUCUGCGAUGUCACCCUCAUAGCUGGAGACACCAAGUUCCCUGCUCAUAGGAGUGUCCUGGCUGCUUCCAGCCCCUUCUUCAGAGAGGCCCUGCUCGCUUCCACUCCGUUGCCCCUUCCUCCAGUUACAGGGGCCUCAGCUUCCAACGCUGCCACUGCCACUGCCACAACUGCCGCCACUUCCUCCUCUUCUUCUUCCUCCUCUUCCUCCUCCUCCUCCUCCUCUCCCUCUUCCCCCCCUCCAGCUUCACCCCCUACUUCAUCCCCACCCCGGGUCCUGGAACUGCCGGGGGUCCCAGCAGCUGCCUUCUCUGAUGUCCUCAACUUCAUCUACAGUGCCCGGCUUGCCCUCCCCGAUGGUGGUGGUGACGGGGCCGCUGUGGCAGAGAUAGGAGCCCUGGGGCGUCGUCUGGGCAUAUCCCGCUUGCAGGGCCUAGGGGAGGGAGGGGAUGCCUGGGUCCCUCCUGUCCCAGCCCCUAUGGCCACCUCGCAGUCAGAAGAGGACAGCUUUGGGCCAAGGCCAGCUGGGGAGUGGGAGGAUCAGAGGGCUGAGGCCCCAGGCCCUGACUCACAGCCCCCCAUCCCUCGACGGUCCCUCCCCUGUCCUCAGUGUGGGAAAAGCUUCAUCCACCCCAAGCGACUGCAGACCCACGAGGCCCAGUGCCGGCGGGGAGUCAGCUCUCGAGGGUCUGCGGGGGGGCGCUCCGGCCCCGGGGGUCCCGCAGGAGUGGACGCCUCAGCCCUGCCUCAAGUGGCCUUCCGAGGUGGCCCUGAGCACGUGGUGAAAGUGGUCGGCGGCCACGUGCUCUAUGUGUGUGCGGCCUGUGAGCGUUCCUACGUGACCCUGUCCAGCCUCAAGCGCCACAGCAAUGUCCACUCCUGGCGGAGGAAGUACCCUUGCCGCUACUGCGAGAAGGUGUUUGCCCUGGCUGAGUACCGCACGAAGCACGAGGUGUGGCACACUGGGGAACGCAGGUACCAGUGCAUCUUCUGCUGGGAGACCUUUGUCACCUACUAUAACCUGAAGACCCACCAGCGCGCCUUCCAUGGUAUCAGCCCAGGCCUGCUCGCCAGUGAGAAGACGCCCAAUGGGGGCUACAAGCCCAAACUCAACACUCUGAAGCUGUACCGCCUGCUCCCCAUGCGAGCCGCCAAGCGGCCCUACAAGACCUACAGCCAGGGAGCCCCCGAGGCCCCGCUUUCUCCAAGCCUCAACACACCAGCCCCUGCAGCAAUGCCAGCCACCCCGCCGGCCCCCGAGCCUGGACCCCCGCCCUCUGUGAUCACUUUCGCUCACCCAGCCCCUUCGGUCAUUGUCCAUGGGGGCAGCGGCAGCAGUGGCGGAGGGGGGGAUCUGCCGGCCAGCACGGGGGGAGCCCAAGCUGCCUCCGUCAUCACUUACACGGCUCCCCCAAGGCCCCCCAAGAAGCGUGAGUACCCCCCGCCUCCCCCUGAGCCUGUAGCCACCCCGGCCACCCCAGCCACAACGGGCAACCCAGCGACUUCAGCCGGGCCUGCCUCUGGCACGGAGGAGGCCAAGGGCCGGAACCCACGGGCUGGAAGGACUCUGACUUACACGGCCAAGCCCGUCGGUGGGGCUGGUGGGAGUGGGGGCCCCCCUGCAGCCUCUGGCCGAGGCCCCUCUCAGCUGCAGGCCCCGCCACCCCUGUGUCAGAUCACUGUGCGAAUUGGUGAGGAAGCCAUCGUCAAGCGCCGCAUCUCAGAAACCGACCUGCGUCCUGGGGAACUGAGUGGAGAAGAAGAAGAGGAGGAAGAGGAAGAGGAGGAGGAGGAGGAGGAGGAAGAGGAAGACAAUGACACUGAGGAGCAAUCAAAGGCUGGUGGAGAGGAUGAGCUCUGGAGGCCCUACCACUACAAGGCCAAGCGCAAGGCUGGGGCCACGGGCCCGGCCACCGGUGGCAGCGGCAUGUCCAAAGGCCGCCGGCUGCCUCGCUGGAGACAGAAGCCGGAGCGAAGGAGCUGGGAGGACACCCCGGGGGCCGAAGGCCCUUCCACGCGUGCCCGGAGCGAGCGGAGGCAUCGCUGUGGGGUCUGUGCCCAGACCUUUGCCACCCUCAGGAAGCUUCGCAAGCACCAGGAGGCCCACGGGGGCAGCUCCCACAGCCCCCGGGCCGGCCGGAGGCCUUCCUCCCGCUUCUCCUGCCCGCACUGUGCCAAGGUGUGCAAGACGGCAGCUGCCCUGAGUCGCCACGGGCAGAGGCACGCCGCCGAGCGACCCGGGGGCACCCCCACUCCUGUCAUAGCUUACUCCAAAGGCAGCGCCGGCACCAGGCCCGAAGACGUCAAAGAGGAGGCCCCCCAGGAGAUGCAAGUGUCCUCGUCCAGUGGGGAGGCAGGUGGCGGGAACACAGCCGCCGAGGAGGCUUCCGAGACCACCUCGCUGCAGGACCCCGUCAUCUCGGGGGGUGAGGAGCCCCCCGUGCUGGGCACCGGAGCAGGCGCCUACGUCUACCCUCCCGUGCAGGAGUUUCCACUGGCUCUGAUCGGCAGUGGCCGGGAGGCGGGAGGUGGCAGAGGGAAACCCGGGAGUGAGGGGCCAGGGGGAGACGGUGAGGGCGACCAGGUGGAGGGCAUGGGAGCUGCCAAGGUGGCCUUCUACCCUGAGCCCUACCCCCUUGUCUACCGGCCUCAGCUGCUCGCCGCCUACCCUUACAACUUCAGCAACCUGGCCGCUCUCCCCGUUGCUCUCAACAUGGUCCUGCCAGAUGAGAAGGGUGGGGGGCCCCUUCCCUUUCUACCAGGGGUCUUUGGCUAUGCUGUCAAUCCUCAAGCCACACCUGCUACUCCCCCUACUCCACCACCCCCAUCUCUUCCCCCACCAGUGCCCCCCAAGAGGGACGGGGAAAGGGAAGGAGUUGAGAGAACCCAGAAGGGAGGCGUGGGGUGAGCUCCGUGCCUGGGUCUCCCCCUUCUACCAGGUUCUCCCCGCCCUGAACCCCCCUGAACCCCCGUCACUACCAGCUCCCUAGCUUCCCUGUCCCUAGGGAGCACCCUCCCCCCUCCACACUCUUGUGCAGGGAUUUGGGGCCCCUGGAACUCAGGGGCCAGGCUGCUUUGUGUGAGAUUGUAGUUUUCCCAUCUCCUGGGAAGGGGUCUUCGGUAGUUCCCCUCUCGGCUCUCCAGGGAAU